GGAGUUGCUCAUCCUUAGCCUGCGCCGAGAAGUCCGGCUAUUGCGCAUGGAGAACAGCUAUCUACGCCAACAGAUGCUGAAUGCCGGUGGCCCGCUUCAGCUGAGCAACGUGCUGGCCGUGGGCGACGAGCCUUCAGAAGACGGCGACGAGAGGGUGCUCCUGCACAAGUACAUGGCCGAGAACGAGGCUCUCAGAAUCGAGAACGCCACGAUGCACCACAUGCGGGAGAUGCUGGUGAGGGACCACGAGCUCGUCUGCAGGGAGAAUGAGCGACUCGUCAAGAAGCUGGAUGCUCUGGAGAAGAACUCAACGCCGCAACGCCCGCCUGCUGCCGCCGAGAAGGCACAGGAAAGUGUCAAACUGCAGACGGGCGCCCGUGCUGACACAAAGGUGGCCAAGAACAGCGCAGCUCCCAACCGGAGCUCGACCAGGGAGUCACCCAAGCUGUCGCCCACAGUCCGGAAGAUUGGCCGAAGCCUGAACGACAUCGGCGGCAGCGUGGCUCAGCAGCGCGGUGUCGAGCAGGGCGGCCGUCGCAACUCGUGGGGCACCAGCGGCAUACCCAAGCUGCGCCAGAGGCUAUCGACGAACCCGCUCGUAGCCGCACUGGCCCAACCCAAGCGCGUGCUCCGCCGCACAGCUUCCAACAGGGUCACGCCCGCCGACACGAAGAGGAGCAGUGCAUCACAAACCGGAAUGAACUAAGGUGAUAAGAAGCAGCACACAAGCAAGACCCAUGGGGUACACAGAACAUCCCUGAUUAUCCAGAGAACAUGGAAGUAUUUUGCCACCAGCAGUCCCACGUGGAGCAAAGAGCAUCACGUCAGACCUCGGCACUCGUCUUCCUCUGGCGUCACCCCUAUUUAACUUCGGGGCCCAUCUGCGCGUUAACUCUUUGGGCCCCACGUGGUUACCAGAUCUUUAGUUGCAUUGUUUGCUUCGUGGAAGCGAGGGUCGAACCUCUCUCUCCGCACUCUGGGCGUCUGAAAAAUCGCCGCUUGCCUUCUAACACGUGGUA